UGCAGGAUGCAGUCAUGAAAAAAGACAAUGCUGUUCCAAGAGAGGAAAUCACUGAGAUUAGGAUGGAGGAUCUCACUAAGACCCCAUGGACCUUCCUGAUGGAAUCCAAAAGCCACACGCUCUACAAAGGAGAAUUCUACAAGUACCCUGUUGCCAUCAAAGUCUUCAAAAACCCUGUGAUCACCAGCACUGAGAAGGUGAGGGAGAUUUUCAGGAAGGAGAGUGAAACCAUGAAGAAAUUUGAGUCUCCGAACAUCCUUCGCAUGUACGGGAUCUGCAUUGAUGAGAGAGGUUCCAGCCCUUGUUUCUCCAUUGUCAUGGAGUACUGUGAAAAGGGAACACUGCGGGACGUGCUGACAAGGAAACCUCAGCUCCCCUGGGAGACACGCAUUCGGAUGGCAAUAGAUGCGGCCAGAGGCCUAUACAGGUUGCACCAGACGGGGGAGAAGUCUAAAUUGCAUGGAUGCAUCAAUAGUACCAAGUUCCUGGUUGCCAAAGGUUACUGUGUGAAGCUGUCAGGAUUUGAACUGAGUAAAACUGAGUCAUCCAUUAAGAGAAGCUGCAAGAAGAAAUUGACGGAUGUCCCUGCUUCAGCUUACAUCUCUCCCCUGGGCCUAGCUUCCCUGAGCCAUAAGUAUGACGUGCCCAGUGAAAUAUACAGCUUCGGGAUCGUUCUGUGGGAGAUUGCGACCAGCAAAAUUCCAUUUGAAGGCUGCAGUUCCCAAGAGAUCUAUCAGAAAGUUUAUGAGCAACGUUACCAGGCUCCUGUUGGGGAAGAUUGCCCCUCCCACCUGCGGGAUGUCAUCAAUCAGUGCCGGGCCUUUGAGCCUUCGCAACGUCCUUCUGCAGAAGAGAUUGUGGACUCACUGAUAGCCAUCUAUGGCAAGAUAAAUACUGCAAGCUAGCUGCAAGACAUACACACAAGGAGCCCCUUGACAAAAACAGCCAAGUGUGGUUAAGAGUAAAGCAUGCGCUGCUCCAUCCCUGUCUACCAUGACUCUCUAGCAUGAAGUUUUACACUUUUCCAGCUCUGUACUCUUUUUUUUUUAAACAACAUCUUGACCUGCCCUCCACCUUCAACAGUGCAACUCUAAGCCUUUAAAGUCGUGCCUGCAAUUUUGCACCUGCAAUUUACUGUGGACAUAGUUUAUAGCACUUAGACAUCUCCCUUCCUGAGCAUGUUGCCAAGAUUAGAAAGCCAUUUCUAUUUCAUGUAGGGGGACCAGCCUAGCAUCCUGAAGGGAAGCUCCCUUAAUACUGUCAACAGGGUGGAGGGAGUCAAGGUGAGGCUGUGACAGCUUGGGUGCUGGCUUUAGGUGGGUAGCUAAUAUUUAUGUGGAAAUUUGAGAGUUUAGCAAAUGGUGGUAAGCAUCAAGGUGCGGGCGCUUGUCCUUAGCACUGCAGGGGGCCUUUGUAGCUGGGGUAGGGAGCAGGCUAGAUAGGUGAGUCAGUUUAAAGGUGUUUGUUACUGGAGGGAGUUAUCACAUGCGAUCUUCUCAUACCCUUCCCCUGACACCCACAUAACUUUCUAGUCUCUCUCCCUACAAGGACUGCUGACCUCCAUCCCUUCCCCUGCACUGCCCCCUCCUUACAUUAACCUUUAGUAUACGCAUCCUCAGUGUCCUGCAGUACCUCUCCUCCCCCAAACAAAGUGAGGCACAAUAUCCCAGCAACUUUCCCCAAAGCUUAGGCAGUUGUCAGCCCCAGCUAUUUUCCUAAGUGGUGAAAAUUAAUGUGGGGCUCAGCUACUUCUGUGCUAAGCUCCAGCAUAAUGCCUCCCCCUUGUGAGGCCUGGCACGCCGUAGAGCCUGUAACAUUCCAAAUUAUAGACUUGUAAGGUGAAUCCAGCAUCAGAUCUUGGCAUGCCCCAUAUUCCGCUGUCACUUGAAGCAUGCACAGUUCAAUGACAAAGUGGGUAUCUAGGACCCAAGUCCACCUCUGAGCCAAAGAGGGGCAGCACUACAAGAGAAAGAGGAAUGCAGCAGAAACCUGCAUGACCAGAGGCACAGUGGAUCACAUGUCAGACUAGGCAUCGUUACUACUAGUGUAGAUCUGAGGAAGAUUCUAUAAUGAUCCCUUCUCUAGUAGUCCCCCACCCCAAACUCAACUAUCUAUCUCCCUAAUGCAGGCAGGCAAUCAUCUUCCUCUCCCCCCUGCAGAGAGAUGAGACCCUCAUUGCCCCAUGUUAAAAGUUGGCCUUUGCUAGAUCCGCUGCAACAGACACCUCUGCUCCAAAGGGGUGGAGGAGUGUUUAGCCAAUUAUCUCUAUCUUUGCCUGGUUAGACACAACUAAAUAUUUGAGCCCAGGCAAGAAAACAAAACUUUUAAUAGUUAUAUUGUCAGCACCCCAGAUAGCCUAGGUCAAUCUGCCUUUGGGAAUUAUAACCCCUGGGUGGUAGAAAGGUUAGUGGCAGAGUUUCAGACAAAAUACCCAUGUGAAUAUGAGCUGAGAAAUCAGGUUAUUCUUGAAAAAUCAAGACACAGGCUGUCCAGUUACUCUAUUCCAAAUGCAGGAGGUGAUCUAGGCAUUUGCAAAGCGCUGUGUAUGUUAACACUGCUAUUGAAAUGUGGGUUUUAAAUAAUAAAUGUUCUUUAUCUGAGACACUUGUAGCCACUUGUCAGGCACCACUAACUGUCACUGCUAGCCAAGACUGUCUGUAGAAUUUGAAGCAGAACAGUGCAUAGAACAGGUUUUUACACAUCGGUGGCACUCCUGAGACUCUUUUGUUGUCACUUAUACUGUUAGUCACGAUCACUCAGAACUUCAUGGUGGCAACAGGGUUAAAACUCUGAUGGACUUGAUCCAAAAGCAGUAUCUCAUAACAACUGAGCUAUAGGAGAAUCUCUGUUAACAUUAUAGGACCUAGGACACAGAGAAGUUCUAACUUAAUACUAUAAAGAGCUGGCUGGCUGUAUGAUUUCCUUCUCUGGCCAUCCUCAAACAGUGCCAACAGUUUUCUGGUAACUCAGCAUAGUGCAGCAUGGACACGCAGGCCAGGGCAGCAGCCACUUGAUGGAGGCAGCAUGUCAGUAACACUACAGUCAUUUAAGGAAUACGCAAUUUUAAUUUCCUGUGCAGGGUUAUCCACAGUACAGGAAGCCUUGAGGAGGUUUAGUAAUUAGCAAAUACAUCUAUUUUAAAUUAUUUUUGCUGUCCCCUCUGUUCUUCCUCAGUUAGUGUUGUUUCAGCCAACUAAAAAUAGCUCCAAGCUAAAACCAAUAAUGACUCCUACUGUGAUGCAUG